AUGGCUAACCGACGGCCUCAGUUCAACCAGCAGUUCCAGGUCGACACGACCCCUCUGCCCGACGAUAUCCCCAAGGUCAAGGAGAUUGGUGCCAGCUCCGCGCCUCUCCUGUCGGCGUCCUACUUCAUCGGCGCCCGUUGCCGCGAAUACAAUGACGACUUCAUGCAGUGCAAGACGGACAGCGCGGGCCGCGGCGAGUUUGAUUGUUUGAAGGAGGGUCGUCGGGUCACCAGAUGCGCCUCCAGCGUGCUGAAGGAUAUCAACACCCACUGCCUCGAGCAGUUCAAGGCCCACUGGACCUGCAUCGAGAACCGUAACCACCAGCUCUACCAGUGCCGACCAGCCGAGUGGAAGCUCAACAAGUGUGUCUACGAGAACCUGAAACUCGAGAAGAACAUCCCCGACCAGCGCCCCGGCGCCACCCCCGUCGAGCUCCGCCACCACAUGAUCUACGCCGACCAAGCCAUCAACACCCUCGAGGGCAAGCCCUUCAUCCCCCCGUCAAAGCAACAAGCACCGUAG